CAAAUCAAACAAACAAUUUAUUUAUUUAUUUAUUUAAAUCAUACUUCAGUUGAUAUUCUUUUUUUUUCAAUAACUUUUAGUUGCUUUCCCCCAAAAGCGUGCCGGUGAGUCGUGAAUAUAAAGAGAGCGAUAGGAGACGAAGAAGCAGUUACCAGCGAGCUUUGUAAGGAUACAACACCCAGGUACUUUAUCCAGGCCUAGUUCUACCUGCGUUACAUUUUUGAAGACAAAUAUGGCUGAAAAGGAAACCGCGCCACCAUCUUACGACCAAGCGAACCCCGGACAGAGCAACACCGGGUAUGCACCCCCUACUGGAGACCCCUCUGGGAAUCCUGCCCAGCCAGAUCCUUACGGCUACAACCCCUACCCACAACAGGGAGGGUACCUACCCCAGGGCGGAUACCCAAUGCAGCCUGCUGGCCAGCCCUACCCGCCGCAGUAUGGCAUGCAGGGCCAGAACAACACAACAGUGGUAACUCACCAGCCGAUGA